AUGGCAACCGUGAUGAGGAUACCCACGCUCGCCGGGGUCGCCAUGGCGAUGGUGAUGCUCUCAGCCGGCCUGGCCUCCGUGUCGGGCCUGGAGCCGGAGACGUGCUUCUCGCGGCAGCACCGGCAGGCCACAGUCAACGUGCGCCUGGCCUCCAGCCGGCCCGGGACCGUCAUCGAUUCCCGCAUCGUCAAUUCGGAGCGCGACUGCAUCCUGGCCUGUUGCUCAGAGGAAGUUGCGCCAGGAGCCAAGUGCAACAUGGCCGUGUUUAAGGCCAAGAAGCCGGCCGCCUCUGACAACUGCCUCCUGUUCCACUGCGACACGGAGCAGGACUGCCCCCUCAUGAUGGCCGGCGACGGAGUCAACACCUACGAUAUAUUCAAGGUCCCUACCGUCCGGGAGCUGCCACCCACAACCCCGACCGAGACACCGGUCGUCGUCAUCAUCGCCACCGUGCCCGCCGUCGAGGAACUGCCCGCCGUCGAGGAACUGCCCCCCGCGACCACGACCCAGACGGCCACGCGGCGAGCUACGGCCCCCUCGACGGCGGCUACGUCCCCUUCGACCACCACCACCACCACCACCACCACCACCACUGCCGCAAGAAAGCCCAACAAACCCACCAAAAAGCUCAACAAAAACGUCAAGAAACUCCGCCCGCAUCCGGUGGUCGUUGACCCCACCCCCAACAACACCACCACCACCACCACCACGGCGGCCCCCGAAACCACCACCACCCCCACCCCCACCCCCACCACAAGGGCUACGUCCACCACAACCACCACCACCACGACCACCACCACCGCCGCGGUUCCCACGACGACCACGACCACGACCGCCGCCCCCCGACCCACGGAGCCCGAGGACGUCCAGACCUCCACCGUGGCCGGGGUCUUCGUCGUCGCCGAGGGCGACGUCCAGUCGGACCGCGCGCUGAAGAAGCCGGACGGGCCGGACAGAGGAGUCGUCCCCGAGGGCGAGGGCGUGCGGAAAACCGGCGCGACGUCACACGGAGCCCUCAAGAGCGGCCUGGUGGUGCUGAUGGUGCUGGGGCUGGCGGUGCUCACGAUGGCGCUGGCCAUCGGAGGACGCAAAGCCAUGGAGUCCUUCGACCGGCGCCAUUACACCCGCCUGGAGCUCAACGACCUGCACUACGAGGUGUAG